GUCACAGAUGGUGAUAAAAUUAUACAGUAAAAGGUUAAAAUCACUAAAAAGCUAACGCGCGCGGCAAGUUUUAGGAACGUGCACUCUGUAUGGAAGCGGAAGGUUUUGUGAGGGGACCUCGGAUGUCAGCGGACGCUCCCGGGGGGGACGGCCGAGUCGCCGGGUCCCCAGGCGAGGCGGAGGUGCGCUGUCUCGGUAAAGUGAUCCGUGCCGUUCCGGGCCGCUUGGUGGGGACCUUCUCAGCCAGGAUAGGUGUGGAAAAGGAUCUUCUGGCCGUGCAGGCUCCCUGCUAUGGUUUCGAAGCGGAUCAUUAUGAGGCUCUGCCCCAGGGAGCCUCCCCAAGGACGCACAUGCUGGCUGGAGCCGCGGCCGGUAUCAUGGAACACUGCCUCAUGUACCCGGUGGACUGCGUCAAGGUAUCGGCGCGGAGUGUGUGCGACGCGAAUGCAGUCCCUGCAGCCGGAGCCGGCCGCUCGCUACCGCAGCGUGAUGGGGGCACUGUGGCACAUCGUAAGGACGGAGGGCAUCCUGAGGCCCGUGCGGGGGCUCAACAUCACGGCGACGGGGGCAGGCCCCGCCCAUGCCCUCUAUUUUGCCUGCUACGAGAAACUGAAGACGACGCUGGGUGACGCCAUCCACCCAGGGGCGAACAGCCACUUGGCGAACGGAGCUGCUGGAUGCGUGGCCACGUUGCUUCACGAUGCUGCCAUGAACCCGGCUGAAGUAGUGAAGCAGCGGAUGCAGAUGUUCAACUCCCCACACCGUGGUAUUGUGGACUGUGUCUCGGCGGUGUGGCGAAUGGAGGGCAUCGGUGCGUUCUACCGCAGCUACACCACCCAACUGACCAUGAACGUGCCCUUCCAGGCACUCCACUUCGUGGUGUACGAGUAUCUGCAGGAGCUGCUCAACCCCCACAGACAGUACAGCCCCUCAUCUCACAUGGUGUCGGGGGCUCUGGCAGGGGCGCUGGCCGCCGCCGCCACGACCCCGCUGGACGUUUGCAAGACACUCCUCAACACGCAGGAGUCUCUGGCGCUUCGGUCACUUGACUCUAGCAGGCGCAUCUCGGGCCUGGCCCACGCCGUAUGCACCGUGUACGGGCUGGGUGGCCUUCCUGCCUUCUUAAGAGGAGCACGGGCGCGCGUCGUCUACCACGUGCCUUCCACGGCCAUCAGCUGGUCCGUCUACGAGUUCUUCAAGUACAUCCUCACACGGCACCAACACCAGAAGUGGACGUGGGAAGGGGACAUGGAGAAAUAGGCCGCAUCCCGCUAAGCUGCCAUCGUGCGUGUGUCAGAGCAGCAGGACUGAGCAUGUCUGGCCGAUUGCAACCAAAUAUCCUCCCAUUGUACCUCAAAGCCAGCACAAUUAAUAUAAAUAGUGUUCGUUGUGUGGUCCAGCAAAGGCUACCAGAGUAUUGGCUCUAAAGGGUCAUGAGCCUGAGUGCCGUGAACCUCGUCUCCGAAUGCCCGUGUUGUACUGAAUGCCCAUUGCCGAGUUUCCUGUUUGUCAGCAGGGGGCACUGCUGUUUCUCCCACGUCUGAGGAGGUCCUAAAACCAACGAGUGACAUCGGUAAGACAGAGUGCCUCAUUUUAAGCAGGAGGUCUUGAGCACUUAGUGUGGCUGUAGCGCGGAGAAAUGUGUUAGACGCUGCCAUUCUCACAUACUUGUAGCGUGUCCGCAUGUCUUAUAGCCACAUACCUUCUUUUGGGAUUCAGAUCUGUUGGUGCCCUUUAAGAAAUGUUCCAGCUAAACCUGUGCGUGCGGUGGCCGGGCCGUUCCAGGGCACGAUGACGUGUAUGUUUUCCAGCUGGUCGCUAAAUGGCCUUGGCAGCGUCUCGAUGGCAGCGUCUGACUGCUGAUCCUUCCAGACAGGCACCAUCUGCAUCCCCGUGCCGAUGCAGUUGCAGCACUCGUCCCGGUGCAAGGCCAGGCCGGGCGCUGCUGGCGAAGGAGCAGUUGUCACGCCCGGCCCCGUGCUCUUAGCACGGAUUACCAUGUGGGUCUACGUGUCGAGUGGCCAGCAUGCCUGCUGAGGAGGUUGGCGCAUCCAAGGCAAAUGUAAAUAAUCGCCUUUGAGUUUCUUACUUGCCUCACAGACCUGUUUCCACAAAUCCACCCAGGUGGCAGUUCUGUAAGCUUGGCCAUUCAAACAGCUGAAUACUGCAACAGCGCCUCCUCCAGGCUGUAAGCUUCAACGGCUAUCAGUUUAGUUGGUCGUCCUGGUCUCCGUAGUGAUCGCAAAGAUGCGAUAUGUGAGAAACUCUACUGCUUUUGUGUUCCCAAAGACCAGAGUAAGGGAUCCGUGCGUCUAAAACUGAUGUUUGGGUUGGGAAGGUGCUGUUUGUAAGAGAAGGGCAUUGGUUGUGGUUCUAAAUGCUGGUGGGGAUCACGUGUCUGUCCGUAAACCUUAAAUGGAGCAUACCUUCAGACUAACAUCUGUAUACAGCUAAAGUGAAGAUUGGGGCUGCUGCUUUGUGUUGGAGAUCGGAGCCUAUCGAUGCAAACUGUACAUGGAUGGCAUUGUUUUUAUACUUUCUCCUCGUCUGAUAUGUCACAUUUGCCAGCUACCAAUAAAAAGAGUCAAGGUGCUAUUUGUCUGAACUGGCACAAACACGAGACAUGUUUCACUAUUUUGUGUUGUACUCAGGAGCUGAACGGGUUAAUUUAUAUUUACAGAAUUGGGCUGUUCCUGUGGUCUAGAGUGGGUGUUCAGGGCAUUGACUCUUCCAACUACUCUUGGUAUUUACUGUGAAGUCUGUAUCAGUGCUUCCCAUAUAGUAUUUAUACUGAAUUUACUGAAGUUUUCAGUAAACUUCUUUAAAACGGGAAAGAGAAAAAAACAGUACACAACCCUAGUAAAUAAUAUUUAAGAGUUUAUAAAUAACAGGUUAACAUCUAACUAGAGGUUAGAUUGUACAGCUUGUAAUGUGUGACUUUUUGCCUGAAUAAAGUGUCCUUAAUUCCAAAGUGCAGUGGGAGCAGAGGACCCUCGGGCAGGUCAUCGGUGCUAGAGUUGCACAUCUUCUCCCACGAUGUUAAUCGAGAGCACUAGACCAUGUUAGGAGCAGAGGAGUCAGUGCUAACAUGUUGACCUCUGACCGCCCCCACUGUAGCUGUCUGGUUUUGGUCCCUGGGGUUUACACUUCCAGCCGUCUUUAUGGCGCCCCUUCCUAAGCUCCUCUUCCUGAUGCCUUCUGCCACCCUUACUGACCACCUCGCAGCCUCUGUUGUUUCCUCAUGCUACAUAAAGAAUAUGAAUUUUAGAAUAAACGCCUCCAAGCAAAUGGUCUACAUGUGGGGAAUCAAGUCCUGCAGCCCUAUACGGUGCAGUUCCAUUAAUUUUCCCCCACGUGUGUCUUUGUUUUGGGACACUCCCCCACCUGAUAGCUCCUGCCUAAAUGCUCCUAGUUAGGGUGGAGCUGUUAAGGGUAACUAUGGCAACAGGAUAAUUACAGAAGUGAGAAGUACUAGAUGCGGGAAAGGGUGUGUGCCAGUGCUUCCGAUUCAAUGGCGUGAGCAUGGAAUAUGAGGGAAGUUGGGGAUGUUUCCCAAACGAUGGGACAUCAACCCUAUGGUCCUGUGGGUUUCAAGAAGAUGCAGCAAACACAAUCUAAGGGUGAUGAAUUGCUUGAGUGUUUUAACAGGUACACCUUCUCUUAUAUCCUCUUUACCCCCCUCUUAUAAUAUUUUGACAGUAAUGGCCAUUGCCUUAUGAAACUGUUGAAUUCCAGCUACUGUAGUAUCCCUAAGCAAGAUACUUUCCUGAAAUUGAUACAGUAAAAAUUACCCAGCUGUGUAAAUAACUGUA